CCAACGGUGACCGGCUCCUUCUUCUUUCUCAACUCCCCCUCUGUCUUCCGCCGCUCAGCCAACUCAUUCGCCGCCCUACUCACCAUGAUAAUAAAAAUCUUCCAGAUCUCAUCCUACACCUUAAUAUAACUCCUGAUGUCUAAUCUCAUUUAGUUGGUGUUCAAUUUGUGGAUUUCUGAUCGAAAUUGUCCCUCUCACAUGCCCCACCAAAUCAGGAGCUUCUCAGCUGAUUAAGCAGAAAAAAUCUCCGCUGCAAAUUAAGCACUUACUCCGUUACACCUGCAAUUUCCCGUUUAAUCGACAACCUGGCUGUCAAGGGCGUCGUCUAUGAUGAACAACAGCAUCUCGAUUGCCGUAUCCGACGACGAAUCUGAAGAACCCGUGACUCGUGUGCGGUCUCGGGUCCGCCGUAAGCGCAGGAAACCCUUCCUGAGGGGUAGGCCCGACCUGACACGAAAAUUACUCACGAAGCUCCUCAGGUGGUGGCCCGCUCUGCUGCUGCUCCUCGCCGUCGCCCUCCUAGUCUACGAGGCUGUCAAAAUUGGUGGCCGCGAUGGGCGAAGUAGGCCGCAAGAUAAGAGCUCGAGAAGUGCAGGUGGCCGGAGUAGCGGCGGUAAGCAGCAGGGAAACUUGAAUAGGCUCGAUCCUACUACGCGGGUUGUUGGAGGCGUUAGAGAGAGGUGUUUGAAGCUCCUACCUCCUGAAGAACUUGAGCAUCUGGAAAUUCCAAAUGAUGAGGACUCCAGAAGUCCUGUAAAAAAUUUGGUGUAUGCCUCGGAGACUGAUAGAGCCAGUAAAGCAGGGAAGUUCAACCUAUCCGCCGUAUAUGUCGAAGGUGCUAGAUUCAAUUUAUUCACAGGAAACCAAACUCUUGAGCACAGAGAAAAAAGUUUUAAGAUCUUUAGAAACUCAAAUGAUGCUGAGGUGACUGAAAGAGCUGAAGUCCACUGUGGUUUUUACUGUGAAAGGGGAGGUUUUAGAAUUUCUGAUGAAGACAAACGUUACAUGGAGACUUGCAAAGUUGUGGUCUCGACUUGUGCCUUUGGUGGUGGGGAUGAUCUUUAUCAACCUAUAGGAAUGUCUGAGACAUCACUUUCAAAGGUUUGCUAUGUCGCGUUCUGGGAUGAAAUUACUCUUGCAACACAAGAAGCGGAUGGGAAUAAGGUUGAUGAUAGCCAUUUUAUUGGGCGAUGGCGUAUUAUAAUAGUUAGGGAUUUGCCCUUCAGUGACCAAAGAUUGAAUGGGAAAAUACCUAAGAUGCUUCCCCAUCGUCUUUUUCCGAAUUCCAGAUAUUCCAUUUGGGUAGACUCCAAGUCUCAGUUUAGGAGGGACCCUCUGGGUGUGCUGGAGGCCUUACUUUGGCGUUCUAAUCAUGAACUUGCAAUCUCAGAACACGGGGCCCGCAGUAGUGUGUACGACGAGGCCAAAGCUGUCGUAAAGAAAAAUAAGGCCACUCCAGGGGAAGUUGAGGUUCAGUUGACACAGUAUCGCCUGGAUGGCCUUCCAGAGGAUAGAAGGUUUAACGGGAAAAAAGCUCUAGCCGAGGCUUCUAUAAUCGUGAGGAAGCACAAUCCAUUGACGAACUUGUUCAUGUGCCUUUGGUUUAAUGAGGUGGUCCGUUUCACUUCCCGCGAUCAACUAAGUUUUCCAUAUGUUCUUUGGCGGCUCAAAGGGUUAACACGCAUCAAUAUGUUUCCCGUCUGCACACGAAAGGAUCUUGUGAAUAGUAUGGGUCAUAUACGCAAGGCAAAGCCUCUGAUAAGUUAAUACAUAAGGUUUUCUGUCAGGUUCUAGCGAUCACUAGUUUUGGCUGGCAUCUGCUGUUUAUCAUGAAUUCAUGGUUUGAUGCACUGCAGAAGCCAGCCAGCCCCAUAUCAUGGUUAGUUUUACAAAUUAAAUUUAUCCCUGAUUAUGCUCGAAUAAUAUUCUUCAUUCUUUAGAUUCACGACCCUUGUCCGCGAGAAGGAUUUCGCAUCGGCAUUGUUUUCCCUCAUUUCUAAAAGUAUUACUGCAUACCAAUGGAGGUAUAAUUUAUGUAAAUGGUUUGCUAAGAUUAUUCAGACUGAAUUACAAAACUAUCCUGAGGUUUGUUAAGAUCCAAAAGGUUCAUUUUGUCGUCCAAAAGUACAAAAUGUAUCCUUUUGGACACAAAAGAGGGAGGGCUUGUAAGGUAAAGCACAAACUUAGGGUUUUUUUGCAAAAUAUUAUGGCGCAUUCUUGUAUUUUUCAAACAUAGUGGAAUUUCAUUAUGUAGUUUAUGAUAAGUCUCAUGUGCAUGUACAUUUUUAUUUUAUUCAAUUAUCCUGACUAUGGUUCUUACUUCCGACAGUGCUAUUUCAUUACAUUUUCCUUAUUCCCGUGCUCAAUAACAUAAUUUCCC